CCCGCGGGCGUGGCGGGCGGGCGGGCGGGCUGCUCGCCGCCCUCCGGCCUUAUAAAGAGCCGCCGCCGGAGCCCGCUCGCCCGCCCGUCUCUCGGCGCCGCCGGCAGCAUGACCGCCAUCGGGGCGCAGGCGCAGAGGCUGCUGGCGCACCGGAGACCGCAGAAAUCCUUCUUUGAGACACUCAUCAGGAGCCUGAUCAUCUUGUGCGUGGCCAUAGCAGUGGUCUUGUCAUCCAUCUCCGUCUGCGAUGGCCGCUGGCUCUUCGCGAGGGGGCAGCUCUUUGGACUGUGGCACUUCUGCACCGUUAGCAACGGCAGCGUCCUGAAGUGUGUCACUGACUUCAGCCUGGCCAAGGUGGAGGGGCUGAGCGUGGGGGUGAUUCCCAUCAGAAGCAUGGUGUCCUUUGCCGUUGUGGUUGCCAUAUUUGGCCUGGAGCUCUUGAUGGUGUCCCAAGUUUGUGAGGAUGCCAACGCGAGGCGGAAGUGGUCGAUGGGCUCCGUUCUCAUCCUGGGCUCUUUUUUGCUGUCGGCCACUGGGGUUCUGAGCUUCUCCGUCCUCGUGAAGGAUCACCUCACCUUCACGGGCUUCACGCUGACGUACUGGUGCGAGUUCAUCGCUGCCUUUCUCUUCUUCCUUAACGGGAUCAGCGGACUUCACAUCAACAGCCUCACGCACCCUAGGAACAGGGUAGGCAAAAUCUAGGCGCAAAGGGUGUACCUCUGCCUUUGUGUAAUCAGCUUUGCCAAUUGGACUGGACAAAAAGGGAGCCUAAUGAAGUUUGAAAAGGACACCGUGUCUUAAAUUGUGUGCAAGGAGGGGAAGCGUGAGUCAGUCUUGAUGCCUGUAGAAGACGUACCCACCCACUGGUCAGCGUGCAGGGCUGCAUAACACGAGCAAAGCAGAGACUGAGACUGGCCGCUGCUGAAAUGCGGUUUUCUGGAGGAGUGGAUUAAAGAAGAGGGCAUCCUGUUGAACAUGCAGAGGGGUGGCAGACUGUGAUCUACACACGUGGACUCAGUUUUGAGGCUUACACAAAGCCUGUACUGCUGUGGGUUUGGUGUUGCUGUGCUUUCCCCCAUACUCUGGAGCUUGUGAAGAGUGUAACAUACCUUUGGUGUGUCUCUUGGCUUUGCUCUGUCUCAGGGACAGAUGAUUUGUGCCUGGCCAUGCUCACUGGCUUGGAGUAUUGAAAACCUUCACUGGCUCUCACUCUUCCAUUUCCCUUUCAAAAGAGAAGGCACACAGAUCUUGAUCUAGUCACCCAUUUUGUUUCCUGCUGGCACGUUCCCUGUAUCUGUCCUUCCCUUUGUGAGUUUUUGUGGGACACCUCUGAGAAAGGUGCAGGGAGAUGUAGCUGUCUUGGGGACAAGGACAGGUUUUGGGUGAUGCAGGUGUACGGGGAAGGGUUCCGAUGCCUUCCUUGGGCAGCAGUACAUUUUCCUGUGCUCGCAGCUUCUCCCUGCUGUCACCACUCCUCUGCUGCCCCUGCAGGACACAUGCCAAUUGGCCGCCCAAACUGGCUCCCUCGCAGCCCUUGCAAAGUUCUCUGUAACGGGGCAUUGCUCUUCCUAGUUUCUUUUUUGUCCCUCUGGGCAAGAGGGACAAGCUCUGCAGGGGCUUUAGGUGGGUGUUGUGGCUGGGCAGGCCAUGCUGAGACCACUGCACCUUCUGGGGUGUGUUUUGGUUGUGAAGGUUUCCCACUGAGGCAAUGGGAAAUCUCAUCCUGUAGCUGAGAGUCUCCUGUAGCAUUUCUUCUGGGAGGAGGAAGCUCUAGAUCCUCCUGACCAAAGUCAUUUUCAUCCCCUGAUUAGCAGUGGGCCUGGGAGGAGAAGCUCAUGAUUGCCUCAUAAGGGGCUGAUAGGGACAUCUCUAAUCUGUCACAGCUGAUGGAAGUCCAAAGAGACUUGGCCAAAUUAUAUUAAGGCUGGUCUUCUGCCAGUGCUUGAGUCAAGGCUGCUACAAUUGCUGCAGCUUUGAAGUUCCCUAUGCUGUCUGAUGUAAAAGGGGAGAAGACCUCAGCAGGAGACCUCAGACGUUGGGUUGCUGCACGUGUGUCCUCCCUGUCCAACAUACAGUACUCUGUUGCCCACAGAUAAAAGUGUCAUCAGAGUAUUUCAGGGUCUCCGUUUUAAUGUUUGUUUUGUAUCAGAUGGUAAAACUGCUUGUAUUUUUGUUUUAGGACUAAUGUUUCUACACGUUUCAUCUCUGUAGCUUGCCUGAUAGGUGUUGAGCAAGGCUUUCCCUUCCAGUGCAGUGAGUUUGACAUAAUUUUUCACCUGAAACAAAAGCAGCACAAAGUAGCACAAAGGCCGAGAAGGCUGUGUAGGCAAGCCACGAGUAAACAGCUUUGUGUUGGAAAGCCACGAGUCAUAAGUCCUGCCUGAGCCGAAUGAACACUUGCUGAAUGUGCUCCUGUGGACUUGUUUGACUCCAUGACAGUCUCUAUUCCUUCUCCUGAUUUCCACAACUUUUUAAGAAAAUGCUCUUAAGCCUGUUUCGCAAUGCAGUUUCAGACCAGGCUUGCUCUGGACAAUGCCAGUUGUGCUUUUUUUUUUUUUUUUUUUGCAUGUGAGUCUGCCCGAUUUCUGGUGAGAUAACGCACGGACCUGUGCUACCCAGCCAACCCCUGAAGCUCUUGCAAUGGUCGGGGCUCUGUCAGGGCUUAUUGACUCUCUCUCAAGGACAAGGACUUGUGCCCUUAAACUGCCUCUGGAAAACUGCAGUGUGAUUGUGUGUCUCUUUGUGAAGGUGCUUUUGAUUUGCUGAAUUGCACUGUUGGAAGACAUGCUAGUGGGCUGAACUUGCAGAUUGUUGUGUGAACAGUGCCGUUGGCUUUAGCAGAGCCGCUUAUCCCAGGGAGAUUCUGCAAGGUCCGGUCCCAAACUGUAGCACUUUGGUGUUACCAGAUGCUAGAGUGCCUUAACUAACUGAUAAAUCAGUUGUGGUGCCAAGGGGUGCCUGUGCCGGGCAGGACGGUUCCCCUACACGAGGUCAAGGGUGUCCGUGGCUUGUCUAGAAACAUGGAUGUAACUUCAGAGUGCCUUCUUGGUGACAUCCAAAACUGGAAGUCAAUUCUGCAUGUACUCCCCUUUGUGCUAGUGGGAGGCCAUGCCCCCAGCCCCUUCCCCAGGGGAUGCAGCCGUAGCCAGACCGAGUCCCAGGCCGGUGCCUCCCACUCGGGUUAGAGAGAGCCAGUGGACAAUUAGCCAUUGAGUUCACCCAAGACUUGGUGCGAUUGUGAAUGAUUUUAGGAUGCCCUCUGCUAGCUGAAGAAGAGGCCUUUUGUUGGGGGUAGGGAAUCCUCUAGGGAAAAUACAAUAACUUUUUUCCAACUGACUUUGUAUACUACUGCUUGACUUACUAAUGCUGGGAGAAGAUGCGUUUUGAUGGCUAAACAGUACAAAACAGGGUUGAUUGAUUGUCUUGGAGACAUCCUUAUACACAGCAACCUGUGCAGCAAUGGGUAACUUCAUUUUCUGAAGCCUGUGGAAGUGUCAAGUGACAUUCCUGAAGUUUGUUAAAUAAAUCUCCUUGAAAAAAAAAAAAAAUAACUGUAAUUCUCUCUUCUUAUAUUUAGAUGGUGGGGUGCAGAUUUAAGGGGAUGAGUGGGGUUUAUGUAAUCUCCCAGGCACCAAUUCUGUGUGUUUACCCAGCUAGACCGAUGAAGAAAUGACUGCUUGGCGCUUUGCCGAGCUCCACACCAAGGGAGCCGAGGCUGCUGCACACUCCCCUCUCCUUUCCCUUCCUUGUCCACACCAAUCCAAGCAGCCAGCACCGCUUUCUUGUCUUACAAAACAAGAGGGGCAGUCAGCUGUGCUGCUUCGUGGGAAUUAGAGAUAACCUUGUUGGCUCUUAAUGAUUUCCUGCUGUUGCAUGUGCUCUGUUUACCAGCUAAAGAGCUCUUUCCUGUGUCCUUCACCUCCCUUUUCCCACACCGCACCCUGUGUCUGAAGCAUCCUUGCUCUUUUCCCCAGCUUUGCUUGUUUGGCCUGCAGAAGUGGUAUCUGACUACGAAUGUAUUUAUACAGGUUUUUCCCUUGAGCUCCCAGUAAUAAAAGGUUUAGUUAAAUGUCAGGAAAGCAGAUUUCCAGCUUCACCACUGAAUUAGUUUAUGUAAUCUCAAGUAAGUUAAUUAGCACCUGGUGUUCUCUUUCUGAUGGGAGAGGUCAUUGACCUGUCUCAGAUGGUUUAAUAUCUCUUAAAAGCUGUGUAAUGAACAUCACCUCUUGUUAAUGAGCUGUUUAGACUUGCUCAGUUACUAAUUUUAAUUGGAAACUUGUGCACAAACCAUUGCUUGCGGAUAAUAAUACGUAAAUAAUGGCACAGGGCAUGUUAACUAAGGAGUUAUCCUGGACUGUUAAUGGUAUUUUGAUUUUAAGUCUACAGUACCUUCAUCAGCUGUGCUUGGAGGGACAGCUGGUUUGGGGGUUGAGCAUCGCUUAGUUUUGUGAGUCAGGGGAGGGUGAUUACAGAAGAUGACUGCCCUCACCUGCCUUCUCUUUCCCUCUGCUGGGGCUAUGGUGAGCAGGUAAUGACCCUUCUAAACCUUCCACGUCAGUAAGGGCCUUCUUUUUGAGGGAAAGACAAGUGUGCCCCCCGGGGGGUGUCCUGGAAAGGGUGUUGGCUGGAUUCCUGGGCCCUCUCACCUUCACAUGGCUCCAACGCCUCUGAAUUGGCACCACCCCCUUCUCAAACAGUUGAAUUCAGCUCCCCCGAUGCCCAGUGAGGCGUUGCACAAUGUAAUUAUUCACAGCACAACAAUACUGCUUUUUGCCUCUGACGUUUUGCUGGGAACUUCCUUGUUGCUGUGUUGGGGGAGAGAAGACUAUUAAUCAUUUCCUUUUAAAUUCAGUUUUAGUUGGUAGACCGCUGAUCUUCAGGCUGCUGGAGCUGCUGCCUACGCUGCUGGCUUGCAGAGCUGCAACUGGCUUCUCUGGGGACCUGGAGUGAAUAGCCAGAGGCUGUCACCGGUGUCCCAGAACAAUGAUAACUACUUGUGUGAAAGAUAGUGCUUAAAUCCUAUUUACUGAUAACAAAUGCCUGCUUCACAUGGAAUACCGAGGAGCAAGUGUAGAGAAAGGGAAGUCGGUGAAACCUGAAUAUGGAGUUUGUUCAGCCCGUGUUAGUAGUUCCAGGCCACUGACACCGGAGUCUGCAUUACCAGUUAAUCUCUCCCUUUUUGCAUU